UCUGCCAGCGCCACCUGCCCCUCUCAGGACGGCAACACCUACACCGCCAAUGGUGUGACCUUCCACAUCGAGUGUGGCCUUGAUCGUUACGGCAAUGACAUCGGUCUCAUCUACACCAACACCUACAACGCCUGCCUUGACGCGUGCGGUGCUAAUGGUGCUUGUGUCGAU